AUGACUUCGAAGUACUGGGGUGAUUAUGCGUUAUGGGUUGGCAACAUACCUCCCCAGGCAACGGUCAUGAGCCUCAGGGACUAUUUCAUAGAGCCAUCUGUGCAGGCCCUCCUCAGCAUCUCCUACAAUCCCGACGCCAGAUACGCAUUCGUGAAUUUCAGCACCGAGGCAUCUCGGUUUCGCGCCAUCGAGCACGCUGCGUGUCAUUUGUUUCAAGAUAGACGGCUAGACUGUCGUAUACGACAAGGCACCACGUCCAGAUCUACCAAGGUCAACUACGGGCUCAACCAGCCGGGCAAAGGUUCGAUUGCAAUUGCAAUCUACCGUGACAACCCGAACGAUCCCGUGCAAGACGCCGAGCAGAUUUCACAUUAUCCCGAGGCCGACAGAUCGCAAUAUGCGAAGGCGAAAUACUUCAUCGUCAAGAGUAGUUCUGCGCAAGCGCUCUCGCAAAGUCUGGAGUCAGGACAGUGGUUUGUGCCCCACCGGCACAUCAAGCGGCUGAAUCACGCAUUUCAGACAGCUAGCAAGGUCUACUUUAUAUUUUCCAUCAAUGGCUCACGCCGAUUCUUUGGCUACGCCGCGAUGAAAUCGGAGAUACAACCUGCCGUCGAGAUGUUUGACCAGUCAAACGACACCCACAAGGUACCAUUAUCAGCUCUGGACCUGAUACCGGAUUCAUUAGUGUCAACGGAAACGGAAACGGAAACGAAUAGCGAGCCCAGUCUGGGGUCCCGAUCUCGAACGCCCUCCCUCACAUCGUCGUCGUCAUCGUCGGACUCUUCGCUCGGCUCGAUCUACUACGAACCUGAGCGAAGAAGAAUCGUAUGGGAGGCUCCGCAUCAUGAUCUGACCUCUCCAGUUGCAGCGGCUGAAGAGCAAGAGCAGUCCUGCGGAUUCAGAAACCCGCGCACUUGUCCAUCACCAGCAUCGACAGUGGGCGAAGAACGCUUGCGCUGGACUGAUUUACCAACACCGAGAAUGGGCGAAGCACACCUGCGCUUGACUGAUAUACCAACACCGACACCUGGAUCAACCCUGCCCACGCAGGUUGCCGCUCCAUUCAGCCCCUUCUCGGCAUUUUCGCCCUUCAAGGCCGAGGAAAGCUCGCAAUCCAUCUCACGUCCCAGCCGGAUUCCCUUCAGCAGUCCCUGUCAAGUCAAGUGGCUCUCGGUCCAGAACGUGUCGUUCAAUGUGGUCAAAGGCUUGAAGAACCGGUGGAAUGGCAACAAGGAAGUCUACAUUGCAAGGAAUGUCACGGCGGUCGAGCCCAGCGCUGGAGCUACACUUCUGGAGAUUUUGGACAGCUUCAAAGGCCUCAGCCGAACCGUGACCUCGUGGCCAGGUCUUUGA